AACAAAUUCAAAUAUUAUGUCGGACAUGACAGACCUUCAAACAACCCUUUGCACAGAAGAUUUUACCCCCAUGAGGAAAGGCAUAUUUGUCGAACUCUUCCUUCUCUACUUAAUUUAUAUGGUUAUUAGUAUUGCAUCAUACUAUUAACAUCCUGAGUAGGACACAUCUUAACCAGGUUAACAUAAUGAUGGAGCUGCUCCUCCAAAUCAAUCUUAAGCUAAACCCUCUUUUAUCAGCGUAGAAGCAUUGAAUAAAUUCUUCACUAUUUUUUUUGGAUAUCACAUUAUACCUAUUGGAAUGGCAUUAUUAUACUAACCUAGAAUUUUUUCAAUUGUGGUAUGUUAUCUACAUUUCGUUGCCUACAUUGUGAUUAUGGUUGCUCAUUAUAAAGAGAAAGAGUCCAUUUUGAAAAUAGCCUACACUGCAUCAGGCUUAUUUAACAUACUUCUAAUUUUGGGAGCCAUAGUUGGACUGUCACAAAUGGAAAAUGGUUGUCUUUGAUCAUAUAAAAUUCAAAUAAUCAAUAGUUUAUAGA